UCUGUAUUCAACGCUCUUUUUCAGUCGAGAUGGAACAAGCAAAGUGGGAAGAGGUUGUUUCUUCGUGGAUGAGUGGUAAAUCGUUUGAAUUGAGAACAGAAUGUGAGAAAGGGGUUGGUUUACCUAUUGAAAAGGCGAAAUGGCAAAUUACAGAUUUGGAAAACAUUUUGAUUGAAAAGGGUUUGGUACCGAAAUUUGUUCGUGGGGACGAUGCCCUGUAUGAUAUAUUGUUGCGUCAAAUGCAAUCACAAUUGAUUCUGAGUGUUGGUGUUCCUAAACGAGUGCAGGGUCCUACCUUUACAUAUUUGUCGAACUGUAAGCAGAUGCUUGUGGGUGAGAUAUUUGCAGAUAUGACAAAAAGGAAGGAAAAAUUCGAGAAGAAAACAGGUGUUAGCUUGGACAACUAUUACAGAUUGGCUGCUAGCGAAGUCGAGAAUGGGAAGAAAAGAAAAAGAAUGUCUGAGUCGAAUGGAAGCAACAAGGCCCUCGGGUGGCCAACACUGGCAUCGUGCUCUUCAGUAAUCCACUACAAUACCAGUACAUGA